AAUUACUAUAUAUACCCUUUCCUCCUAUACCGCAUUUUAACAUUCCGCUGCUUAAUUUAUUCCUCCUUUUUCAAACACUCAGGAAGAAGCCAAGCCAUCAAUACUGUUUGGCUAGGUUUCUAUUGAACCUCUUGUUUUGGCAGGUUACUGCUUAGUUCCACGACACAAUGUCAUACCCAACUAGCGGAGAUUCCUCUACCAAUGACAAUGCCAUUAACGACCUUGAAACAGUCUUAAAUGAUUUGUCUACAAAAGAAAUAAAUGAACUGCUGAAAGCCCGGGAAGACAGAUAUGAUGGGGUGGAAGUUGACCUAGAAAAUAUGCACAACGAUGUUCCUCGUUUCACAUCUUCACUCAAGCAUCACUUACCCAAUGGGCACGCCAGGUGAGUGUUUUCUUAACACGACAUAUAAAUUCGUCAAUCAAUAUAAAAGAAAAUGAAAAAUAGCUUCAAAUCAUGCUUGUUGGCUGUGAAGGGGAUGAACGGGGUGUGGAUUAAGGUAGCCAAGGAACAGGCCAAACUAGUUCCGGUUGCGAUUGAGGAAGGAUUUUGGUAUCACCAUGCAGAACAAUCAUAUGUGAUUUUAGUGCUUUGGAUCCCUAAAACUCCUUGUAGUAUCCCUGAUAAUGCUUCACAUCAAGUCGGAAUUGCAGCUUUCGUAUACAACACCAAGGGAGAGGUUCUGGUAGUUCAGGAGAAGUGUGGACCUUUCAAAGAUUCAGGACUGUGGAAAAUGCCAACAGGAAGGAUCAAACAGGGGGAAGGCAUUAAAGAAGGGGCUGUAAGAGAAGUCAGAGAAGAAACUGGGAUUGCUACAGAAUUUAGACAAGUGGUCGGGUUCAGAGAUGGUCACAAUGCCCCUUUCGAAAAAUCUGAUCUACUUUUCGUGUGCAUGUUGAAACCAAUGUUUUUUGACAUUGUUAUACAAGAUACUGAAAUUUCAGCAACAAAGUGGAUGGCAGUAGAUGAUUUUGUAGCUCAACCAAAAAUGCAGCAAAGCAAACUUCUCAAGGUCAUGGCGGGAGUCUGUAUUGCCAACAUGGAGGGACGGUGUAGAGGAUUUUCAGCCAUUGAAAUACCGUCCCCCAAACCCUCUGUUUUUUACUGCAGUGACAUUGAUACUGAAUAAUUUA